AUGAUGCACUUUGGAAAGAGCAGUGUUUGCCCUGCAGAGUCCAGCAGCCACAGCACAGAGGAGAACACAAGGAGCAACAGGAGCAGUCAUGCCCAGUGGCCCCUGGCUGCACAAAACAUGAACAACUGCAACAACAAUGAUGGGUAAGAAAUGAUGAUGAGAUUUUAAGAUAUUUUAUGGACCAAAAGAGGAGGUCAAAGGGACAUUUUAAUUUCAUGAAAAAAAGAUGACAAGAAGGAUGAUAAAAAAGAUGACAAGAAAGAUGACAAGAAAGACGACAAAAAAGACGACAAGAAAGAUGACAAGAAAGACGACAAAAAAGACGACAAGAAAGAUGACAAAAAGGACCCCAAAAAGGAUGAGAAGAAAGAUGACAAAAAGGAUGAUAAAAAGGAGGAACCAAAAGAGGUGUGGAUCAUGGACCCUGCAACAGACACGUAUUAUUACUGGCUGUGCACAAUAUCCAUCCCGGUGUUCUACAACCUCAUGUUACUGGUGGCCAGGGCUUGUUUCAAUGAACUGCAAUAUAAAAAUGUAACCCUGUGGCUGGUUUUGGACUAUACUUCAGAUGUCCUCUACGGCGUUGACACCUUUGUGAGAGCCAGGACAGGUUUUCUGGAACAAGGACUUCUUGUUAAGGAUGAAAAGAUCCUGAAAGAAAAGUACAUGAAGACACGGCAGUUCAGAUUAGAUGUCAUAUCAAUAAUUCCCACUGAUAUUGUAUUCCUUAAAUUUGGAGUCAACAACCCAGAGUGGAGGUUCAACCGUCUCUUUAGGUUAGCCCGACUCUUUGAGUUCUUUGACCGGACAGAAACUCGAACCAAUUUUCCCAACAUCUUCCGAAUUGCUAAUCUUGUUCUUUACAUCAUCAUCAUUAUCCACUGGAAUGCUUGCCUCUACUUUGCCAUCUCCAAGACACUCGGCUUUGGCUCAGACACCUGGGUAUAUCCAAGCAUGAAUAAUCCUGAGUUUGCUCGCUUGGCCAGGCAGUACAUCUACUGCUUUUACUGGUCCACUCUUACCCUGACCACAAUUGGCGAGACACCACCCCCAGUCCGAGAUAUUGAAUACUUUUUUGUGGUAGCUGACUUUCUCACUGGGGUUCUGAUCUUUGCUACGAUUGUAGGCAAUGUUGGUGCCAUGAUUUCCAACAUGAGUGCUGCACGUGUAGAGUUCCAGGCAAAGAUUGACUCUAUUAAGCAAUACAUGCAAUUUCGAAAGGUCACCAAAGACCUGGAGGCAAGGGUGGUGAAAUGGUUUGACUACCUGUGGACAGAGGAGAAGACCUGUGAUGAGAAGCAGGUGCUGAAGAACCUGCCAGACAAGCUAAAGGCUGAGAUAGCCAUCAACGUACAUUUGGAGACCCUAAGAAAAGUGCGCAUCUUUCAAGAUUGUGAGGCAGGUUUGCUAAUUGAGUUGGUCCUUAAGCUUCAGCCUCAAGUUUUCAGUCCUGGUGACUACAUCUGUAAGAAGGGUGACAUUGGCAGGGAAAUGUAUAUCAUUAAAGAAGGAAAGCUUGCAGUAGUAGCAGAUGAUGGCGUUACCCAGUUUGUGGUACUCAGUGAUGGGGCAUACUUUGGAGAAAUCAGCAUCCUUGGUAUCAAGGGCAGCAAGGCAGGAAACCGAAGAACAGCCAACAUCCGAAGUGUGGGCUACUCUGAUCUGUUUGCCCUGUCCAAAGACGACCUAAUGGAGGCACUCACUGAGUAUCCUGAUGCUAAAUAUAUGUUGGAGGAGAAGGGAAGGGCCAUUCUCAUGAAAGAUAAUCUCAUAGAUGAGUCACUGGUUGCUGCUACUGAUGCCAAAGACUUGGAGGACAAAGUCAACAAGAUUGAAGCCAGUUUGGAAGUCAUGAUGGCCAAAUUUCGAAAGCUAUCAGACCAGUAUGAAUCCUCCCAGCGUAAACUAAAGCAACGGCUCAGUAAUAUGUCGAACGAAGUCAGAAUCCUCAGAGUAGACGAUGAGUAGAACUUGGCACUACUAUUGUCAGGCUUAGGCACUCCUCCAUUUCAGGACAUUCGUUGUGAGGUGGCUGUCUCCAUUCAUUAUUCCCAUAUCUGGUGAAAUAGUAUGCUUGCCUUGAAAGUUGGCCAUUGUCAUAAUCACGGAUAUGCUUAGAGUUUGGUACUUGAAGACUCUGAGUACCUGAGUAUUGGAAAACUGUCCACUAUAGAAUACAGAAUGCUUGGUCAGACCCAUGCUGUGUCUCAAUUCGAAAACUUCUGUUAGCACACUUGUAUAUGUAGUACACUAUGCACACUACAUAACUACUUGCGUAGUGCCCCAGUUUUGGCAGUGUAGUGUUGUCUCAAAUUAAGCACGGCCGUUGUGAACUUACCAGAAAUGACGAUCACAACAUUUAACUGCGUCACCUUCUUUUUCUAUGGCAAAUUGCAACCAGACGGAUCAUUAGCGCCAAUACAGGCUUAUUUUUCACUGUAUUUCCUCAUAAUAUUAAUCAUAAAUGAACGUGCUUCUACUUUGUAUAGCCUGUUUGCCCCGUUUCAUGCAAGGUGGAAAUUACAGUCUACGCCGGCGUUGUGU